AUGGCAAUGACUUGGCAAGAAAUCAAACAGGAUGACACCAGACGGCCGCUCUACCAGCAUGAAGAAGCACUGGUUCUCCUCACGGUCGCUCGACAAACCGAGAUUCGUAUGCCGAUGACGGACGAAGAGACUAUCUUCACAGCGUUGUUUGUUCUCGAAGAUGACGUGCCGAUCAACGUGAGAUCUUAUCAGGGCGCUCUCAAAGUGAAUGAACUGUUCCAUUGA